AUAAUAUGUAUAUAUUUAAAUGGGAAAUAAUCACUACAAUUAAAGUAAAUAGUAUAUAUAUAUUAUUUUGUAAUUAUAUAUACAUAUAUAUAUAUAUACAUAUAUAUAUAUAUCCUCACAAACACAUCCACACAAGUAUACAUACAUACAUACAAAUACAACUCCAACAAAACAAAAAACAGACGGAAUACUUUUGUACCUUAGGAAGUGCCAGUGGACAACAUUAACCAAAAUGUUGAUAUCUUUUAUUGUGAGGUGAAGAUGAGUGAUAUAGAUAGAAAUGGUGACCACCUUGUGCGAGUUAGGGCACAGGUCAUGACAAGAGAUGACUCUAGUGGGGGGUGGGUGCCGCUCAAUGGAGGGGGCCUCAGUUAUGUUUGCCUAAAAACAAUUCCAACUGUGAGCAAUGGUAGUGGAGGCAGUGGAAGGGAGGUGGACUUACGUAAAGAUUACAUUAUUUAUGGAGAAAGGAUCGUAGAUGCUAAUGAACUGCUUAGUUGUACGAUAAAAAAAGACAUCCAAUACACAGUGGUGAAUCCUAAAUUUCACCACUGGCGGACAGAUGACAAACGAUUUGGUCUUACUUUUGAAAGGUCGGGAGAAGCCCGAGCCUUCAAUCAAGGAAUCAAACAUGUGCUUGCGGAUCUCACAAAAGGUUCUGUGGAUCCUUCCAACAUUACUUUAGAGGGAGAUGAUGAUGUAUUUGAGCCUAUAGAUCUUCCCCUUGACCGUAAAAACAGCUCAUCUCAGUCUGCAAGUACCACAUCAACAACAACUAGCAGUCCAGCACUCUGUUCAUCACCUGUCUCAUCAACAUCACCAACGCAUGAGCAUUUCAUCGACUCAAAUACGAAAAACCAUUUGCAUCACAUUUACAUACCUAGCCUCCACACCCCUUGUACAAAUCCAGCUUCCUCUCCAAGUGAAGAAAAAAGCUUUAGCAAAUCUGACAGCAUUGAGACUAGCAGUUUUGGAAAAGAUGAUAACUGUAUAAAAGAUGAACCUGUCUCUAUCAGUGGGAAAUCGGAAGUUGCCCUUCUAGAGCCGGACAAUGUUGGCAUGUCGGACAGAUACUCUUAUGUCACGUUUUCCAAACACCAGAAUCAUGAUUAUCACUAUCCCAAUCUUGAGAUAGUUCGCCACCCUCCAGAUCUCAAACGGCAUGCUGUCAGUAGUUAUGGUCCUCCAUUGCCAGAGAAAAGCAAAAAGAAAAAAGAUCGCCAGAAAGGAAACCAUCAAUCAAACAGGCUUCUCAGCCCGAUGUCCACCUGUAAAUAUUGUCAAGAGAAUUUCUCAGUGGAAAACAACUCCAGAGGGAGCUGUCAGUAUGCACCUGACCGAGUAAAGAGUUGCAUUGAACAUGUAAGCUGUGUCACGUGCGCAACUGGUGUUAUCUAUCACUGUAUGUCAGACACAGAAGGGGAGUACACACAUACAUGCAUUUGUGAUUUUCAGGACGAUAACAAUUGUAAAAAAUGGACAAUGUUGACAUUUCUGUCCUUUUUAUUACCAUGCAUCUGGUGCUAUUGGCCUCUGUUUAGCUGCCAUAUGUGUGGCAAAAAGUCUGGCUGCUGUGGAGGUCGUCAUCUUGCUGGUGGGGAGCAUUGAGAGUGGUUACUGCUGUCACCACAUUCUUGAUACAGUGACAGCAGUAAGUUAUACACUUGGGUGUAGGACAUGCACUUGUGGAAAUGAUGUUAGCAGGUGGAAUCAACACUUGUUUAAUGAAACAAAGACCACAUAGAAUGUGCUAAUAUAUAUAUAUAUAUAUAAAAUUACACACACAUACAUACAAUGUUACAGAAAAGACGAAAAUAAAACAAAAUAUGGGAUGAUUUGAAAGUGUGAGAGAGAGCAAAAGAGAGAAUUGAGUGAGGUGUGAGAAAAAGCGAGUAAUUUUUUUACCUCCUCCAUUUCUUAAGUUGAAGACAGAGAAGCAUUUCCCCCCACCCCCAAUAAAUAAAUAAAUAAGUAACAGAGUAAAAGAAAUAAAGAUGAUAUUUGGUAUGUAAAGAAAUGAAGAAGGUAUUUUGGAAUAAAAUUGAAUGAAAUUACAUGGUAGUGGAUGUAUAAGAUUAAUUUGAAAGAGUUAAGUAAAGAAUAUUAUAUUGAAAAGCAAGAGAUGAAGCAUAAAAACAAAUAUGUGUGUGUGCAUGCAUGUGUGUGUGUCUGUGUGUGUGGUCUACAAAUUAUGAGAA